AGCUGACCCCCUCCACCACCAGAAGGAAUGUUCCCCCGGCCUGCAGAUAAACCUCAACAGCUGUAGUGCGUAACAGGAGGGAGGUGAGCUUCUAUUUUUGUCUUUCUCCCAGCCUGAAAGAGAAGUGUUCACUGGGAGAGCCUCCCUUUCGCCUUCUGGAUCUCUCCUGACCGCAGAAACUUGGAGAAGCGGCCCCCGGACUACAAGAACAAGUCAGAGGCCCCCUGCUGCGCGGCGGACGGGUCGACAUGGCGCUGCUGUGCUACAACAAAGGCUGCGGGCAGACAUUUGACGCAGACUGCAACGAGGCCGAUUCCUGCCUCUUCCAUCCCGGAAUGCCCAUCUUCCACGAUGCUCUGAAGGGGUGGUCGUGCUGCCGCAAGAGGACGACAGACUUCUCUGAAUUUCUCUCCAUCAAGGGCUGCACCCUUGGGCACCACAGUAACGAAAAGCCACGCGAACCUCUGUUACCAGAGGUGUCGUCUGACAAAGCUGGCAGCAAAAACUCCAAUGGCCAGGAGAUCAUCUACCGGGGACCCAAAUCUUCUGAAAAGCUGCUGAGAGAAAGACCAAGUUCAGAAGAACCCAAGAGCAAAUUGCCCGUCAAAGUGGCACCGUCCCUGGCGAAGGAGCUGGAGAAACUGGACAUGAACGAGAGGGCUGAAAAGGAGAAGAAAGAGAGCCAAGGUGUUGUGCCAGGCACACGGUGCAAGAAUUCAGGAUGCAAAACAGUCUAUCAGGGCCCAGAAACUAACGUAGAGGUCUGCACACACCACCCCGGUGCGCCGGUCUUCCAUGAGGGGUACAAGUACUGGAGCUGCUGCUGCAUCAGGACCAUGGACUUCAACGCUUUCCUGGACCAGAAGGGCUGCAUGGCCGCAAAACAUCGCUGGGUCCCGAAGCAGGACAAGAAGAAGGUGGCGUGUCGACAUGACUGGCACCAGACGACAAAGAGCGUCGUGGUGACGAUCUACGCCAAGAACGCCAACGCGGAGUACAGCUGCAUCGAGGCCAAUGGGACGGUGGUCUCCUGUCACAUCCAGUUUGAGAGCGACAAGAUCUUCAAGAGAGACUUCCACCUUUGGGGGGUCAUCAGCGUUCAGCAGAGCGUCGUCAACAUGGUCCCGUCGAAGGUGGAGAUCACGCUCCGCAAAGCCGACGAGGUGGCGUGGGGUAAACUGGAGGACCCGAAUUACAAGCCUGAGCCGGAAGCCGCGGCGGAAAACUCGGACGAUGCACCAGAGUCGGAACGUCCCGACUGGGACAUUGACGACGAUGACAUCAGCGACUCGGAUGAGGAGUGGGUCAACGACACUGCAACCAAGACGACGCAAGUGGAGGUGGACGGAGGCCAACGACAGGCCCACGUUGAAGAAGUGCCAAAUGUAACGAGGAAAGAGGUGGAGGAAGAGAUGAGGAGGGCCAUGGAGCACAAGAGGCAGGCAGAGGAGAAGCUUGAGGAGCUGAAGAGGCAGCAGCAAGAGGAGGGAUAUGAAGACAUGCCCGAACUGGAAUAAAACCUGCCAAGAAUGUCAUAAA